CAGCUUUAUCAACCGGUCUUCCUCAUUUCGCUUUAGCUCCCAUGUGGGUUUUGAAGUUGCGACUUAAUAUUCCUUCUUCUUUAUUCCGUUUCUUCUACAUCCCCUCCAGAUUUUACUGCUUCCGCUGCUGCUCCAUUCGAUUUGUCUUUUUGCUUGCUUCUUCGUAGCUUCUCUAUGGUCCAUCUGCGUAGUGAAGGCCCUUACUGUAGCUUAUUGUUGAUUUUACUUGUGAUUCCUACUUGGAAAUUUGUUUUUCAUCUAGUAUUGGCAUUUCUUUUCAAAAGGCCGCAAUGAUUAGAAGCCCUGUUUUUGUCCAGAACCCGGAGUCAACCCUAUGUUACGUUCGUGAUUCAUAGUAUAUUUGCCCUCGCUAAUACCUCUCAGGGAUCUCUUGUGGCCUCAUUCGCUUAUUUCAUUUCUCUUGCUUAAUGUUCUCGGAGACAAAGAUGGAUCUGGCGCUCUUAGCUUCAAGAUCUCUAGUUUCUGGCCACAUUUAGCAACACCGACAAGUUGUUCCGUUAAGCACGCCUUUCCAAUGAAGCGUUCGAUUCGCCCGCUGUUUGGAGUUCUAAUUGUCGUCGUCUUCGUUGCCACUCUCAGCUGCAGAACCUUUGUUCGGAGAGGCUUAUUGUCCAUUGAGUUGGAGAGCAGAGUAUGGGUUCAAGUUCCGGCAGCACCAUUGUUGAACGCGACGCUGCUGAAACACGCCGCCAUCGAUAUCGGAGAAGAGAAGUCGAAGCAAGAAAUCCAGCAGCUUCUGGAUGGAGACUUUGGAAGUCAAGCCCGGCACCGGACGUUUGUCUCUUGGCGUAGAUUCAUUCACCAUGAGAUCACUGAUAAGGACCCGAGGAGGCUAGCGGUAACGAUACGCUCGCCGCUGUUUUAUAGGUAUUGGCUCGAUUUCCGAAAGGUUUUGAACGAUUGGACCAGGAAAAAGAGGUUUCAGCCUAGUAUUAUGUCCGAUUUGACGCGGCUAGUUAAGCUUCCUAUCGAUAGGCACAAUGGAUUGGCGGGUUCCGAGCGGCGAUACUCGUCUUGUGCGGUGGUUGGCAACAGUGGAAUUUUGCUGAACAACGACUAUGGGAAGCUCAUUGAUAGCCAUGAAGCAGUUAUCCGAUUGAACAAUGCAAGGGUUGAGAAGUUUGAGAAGAAAGUGGGGUCUAAAACAAGCAUUUCAUUCGUAAAUAGCAACAUUUUGCAUCUCUGUGCAAGGAGGACAGAAUGCUUCUGUCACCCAUAUGGAGCUAAUGUGCCAAUAGUUAUGUACAUUUGCCAACCAGCUCAUUUCUUGGAUUACACCGUUUGCAAUUCCUCUCACAAAGCACCAUUGCUGGUCACCGAUCCACGGUUCGAUAUGUUAUGUGCUCGGAUUGUGAAGUACUACUCCUUGGAGAGGUUUGUGGAGGAGACAGGGAAGGCUUUGGAAGAAUGGAGCUCUGCACAUGAUGGUGCUCUAUUUCAUUACUCUUCUGGUAUGCAAGCUGUUAUGUUAGCUUUAGGAAUCUGUGAUAGAGUCAGUAUAUUUGGGUUCGGCAAGUCUGCCUCAGCCAGGCAUCAUUAUCAUACGAAUCAGAAGGCUGAGCUUCAUUUGCAUGACUAUGAAGCAGAAUAUGCUUUUUACGGGGACCUGGUCGAUGGACGCAGGGCAAUACCUUUCCUCUCGGACAAAUUCAAGAUUCCACCCGUGAACUACUACUGCCAAAACCAGGCUGAAGCAACAGUUUUAAGUGUAAAUUGCGGUUAAAUCAAUACAAGUUCGAUCCUUGAAUGCUUCAUGACGGCACGUGAAUGCUCAUGUUCUUGACAGCCUUACAACAAUCAUCAAAAGCCUUGUCUACAUACUCAAAUCGAACCAUGUGAUCUGCUUAAGGUCUCUGGCAUUUUAAGGAAUGAACAUUAUCUCCUGCCUCCCCAUCUAUCCUUGAUACAUAAUGGUCAUCCGCAGUGUUUCAAUGUGGCCUUUGAUGGUUCAGGAGUUAAGCAGUAAACUGUAUCAGAAACUGCAAAAAUGUGAUAUUCGUACACCUAAGCAAAACCCAGCAACACAAAACUUCACGCCCUCUCUGAAUCCGCUUAUUAUGUAUUCUACUAAUAAUAAUAAUGCUCUGUAUUCUAAUC